AUGUCCAAAACCUCGAGCUUCAAGGAGUCAUUCGAGGGCGCUCAUCCUGGUCGACCUUAUCGUCCUGAGGAUCCUGGCUUCUUCAAGAAUUUGCCGCUUGACUUGAAUCCGGUCCUACAGCUCUCACGUCCGACCACUCCACAGUCUGUUUCGCACCUGUCGAUGUCAAACGAACGAUCGAGCGCGCGAUCACCCACAACUGGUCACAGUUCCAGUAUUCCAAGCAAUGACCCGCAAGCGGACAUACGCUCGGUCCGCAGCACGCGCAGCCGCAUCUUUGAUGACAUCAAGCACGAAGUCAUGGUCAAUCAUCUCUACCAACAGCAAUGUUCACAGCUUUGGAUUGAUCACAACAAUCCCGCAAAUUCAGAAGGCAUUUUGUUGAGAAGGGUGAAGGGCAAAUACCUGGCCUGUCCUCCACAGCUAAUUCAUUCGACGUUCGCUGAGGCAUGCAAUCAAUUGAAUCUGCAAGUAGCCAUGACUGUCAACUCUAGAGUCAUCAAGGCUUUUGUGCAGUCUUCGCCAAACAGCCACGAGGUACCCUUAAAAGAAGGCCUUCGCAUUCAAAUCCUGUCCAGUAUGCACCAAUUGCCGCAUGCUCGCAAAUUCCAUUUUGCUGCAUUCCUUGCUGAAGAAGAGCUAUUGGUUGUAUGGGACGACAAUGCUUCGAACCUGAUAAAGCGCGCUAAAGCUGUCGAAGCUGCCCUUACGGAACUUGUCUGGGGUGAUCCCGCAGAGGAGAACGACGACGAAGCACAAGAAGAAAAGGAAAUGUAUGAGAUUGAUCCCGAGUCUGGCAAUCCCAUUGUGGAGAAGAGAUCGACGAACCUUAUGAACACUGUUCUUGUGGCAUGUACCCUGAUCGUCGUCAUUGUGUUGCUCGGUCUUGCCGCGAGAUCUCUCGCAAUUGAAAUCGCGGUCGAUCGUGGCUUCAUUCGCCUUGCCUUCCUGGCUCUCGUCCCCGUUCAAAUAUUCUUCACACUGUUCUUUGCUCAAGUUAUAGUUGGAUGUGUCGCCCAAUGUAUCGGUCCCAUCCAGCAGAUGCAACUCAAUAGCAAGUACUACUCGGCCAAACUCCCAGUGCGCCUUUGUCGGAAAGAGCUGCCACAUAUCACUGUGCAAUGCCCCGUCUAUAAAGAAGGCCUAGCUUCUGUCAUAGCUCCAACUGUCCGUUCCAUCAAGCAAGCAAUUUCAACCUACGAGCUCCAAGGCGGGUCCGCUAACAUGUUCAUCAACGACGAUGGCCUGCAGCUCAUUCCUCCAGAGGAACGCCAGGCUCGGAUCGACUUUUAUGCUGACCACUCCAUUGGCUGGACCGCCCGACCCAAGCACAACUCUGAGGGCUUCAUCCGCAAGGGCAAGUUCAAAAAGGCGUCAAACAUGAACUUCGGCUUAAUGCUUUCCUGCGCCAUUGAGGAGAAGCUCGCCAAAUACGACCGCCCACAUAAUGCCUGGACCCAAAGCGACGAAGACGAAGCCUACAACUCCGCUCUCAAGGACGUCCUAGCUGAGCAUCCCCGGGCUUGGGCCGAAGGCAACAUACGCGUUGGCGACUAUAUUGUGCUCAUUGAUUCCGAUACACGCGUGCCGGCUGACUGCCUCCUCGAUGCCGCCUCUGAAAUGGAGCAAUCCCCCAAUGUGGGCAUCAUGCAGUUCUCUUCAGGCGUAAUGCAAGUGGUGCACACGUACUUCGAGAACGGCAUCACCUUCUUCACCAAUUUGAUCUACACAGCCAUCAAAUACACAGUCGCGAACGGCGACGUGGCGCCCUUUGUCGGCCACAACGCAAUCCUGCGCUGGAGUGCCAUCCAGCAGGUCAGCUACGUGGACGAAGACGGCUACGACAAAUUCUGGUCCGAAAGCCACGUGAGCGAGGACUUUGACAUGAGCCUACGCUUGCAGUGUCAGGGGUACAUCAUCCGACUGGCUGCCUGGGCAGGUGAAGGCUUCAAGGAGGGGGUGUCGCUGACCGUCUACGAUGAGCUGGCCCGCUGGGAGAAGUACGCUUACGGCUGCAAUGAGCUGCUCUUCCACCCAAUGCGCAAGUGGAUCUACAAAGGCCCGUUCACAGAGCUGUUCCGUCGAUUCCUGUUCAGCAAUAUUCGCUUCACCAGCAAGAUUACCAUCAUCAGCUAUAUUGGCACAUACUACGCUAUCGGUGCCGCGUGGAUUAUGACGUUGGCGAAUUACUUCGCGAUUGGUUGGUUCAAUGGGUAUCUGGACAAGUACUACAUCGACAGCUGGAAGGUGUGGUUCAGUAUCGUGGUGGUGUUCAAUGGACUAGGAAACCUCGCUCUAGCGGUCAUGCGAUAUCGGAUCGGGGAGAAGGGCUUCUUCCGGGCGCUGCAGGAGAACUUCAAGUGGAUUCUUAUGCUGUCGGUUUUCCUGGGCGGCCUGAGCUUGCACGUCAGCCAGGCACUCCUCGCGCAUAUGUUCGAAGUGGACAUGACAUGGGGCGCCACCUCCAAAGAAGCUGAACGCAGCAACUUCUUCCUCGAAGUCCCCAAAGUCGUGCGCAAGUUCAAGUUCAGCAUCGCCUUCUCCGUCAUCGGCAUCUUCGUCACUAUCUGGCUGGCCGUUAACCCCGGCGGCUGGAUCCCGUAUGACUGGGUCAUUACGGAUUUCAUCGCGAUACUGCCCAUGAGUACGGUCACGGCGAGUCAUUUGUUGCUGCCGAUUGUGCUGAAUCCGGCGUUGAUGACUUUUACUUUCUGA